GCAACGCGCGCGAGGCCGUUCAUCCUCGUCACCGGCGUCCCGGGCGCGGGCAAGACGACGCUCGCGGACGCGCUGGCGACGCGAAUCGACGCGAAGAGGAUCGACGUCGGGGCGCUGUGCGCGCGCGAAGGUUUUCACGGCGCGUACGUCGAGGACGCGGACACGCACGAGCUGGACGAGGACGCGCUGUUGGAUCGCAUGGAAGACCUGCUCGAGGGGCACGCGGCGCGAGGGGAGGCGUGCGUGGUGGAUUAUCACUCGUGCGAGCUGUUCCCGGAGCGGUGGUUCGACUUGGUGACGUGCCUGACGCUGGUGGACGACACGGCGACGCUGUACGAUCGGUUGGCGGCGCGAGGGUACUCGGAAAAGAAGAUACGGGAAAAUGUGGAGUGUGACAUCUUUCAAGUCGUCGUGGAGGAGGCGAAGGAGGCGUACGAGGAGGUUUGGGUGCGAGCGAACGCGAACGCGGACGCGAUGGAGGCGACGGUGGAGGAAAUCGCGGCGUGG